AUGGAUUUCUUUGCAGUUCAGAACGUGGGUGAUGAGUUGCAAGUAGUAUUAGUUGUGAACUAUUUAACCACCUUUUCCAGUAAAACAUCCCACUGUUUGUCUAACCCAGCCUUUAUGCUUAGAGAAGAAAUCUUGAUUGAAAUCUACAACUACCUCCAAGAAGAUCACAAUGAAAAGGGUAAUAGAAAUCCAUUUGUCAUGCCCUUGGAUCAAAAAAUUAUGCAGUACAGAGAAGAACAGGCAAAACAAGAGCAGAAAGAAAUGAUGUUUUAUAAAAGUCUACCUGCUGAGCUUAAAAGCACAUUUUUAUCAAGAUUACGAGCUCAUGCUGCACCCUACAGGAAGCCUUUGGAGUGUAGUAUUUGUGAAGAAGAAACAGCCCAAGAUCAGCUAAUUAAUACUAAAGGUUUUCAGUACAAGAACAUGAACAUACGGGAGUACUUGCACUGUCAGAGGGAGUCCUACCACCUUCGGCAUUUGGUUAACGGGAUAAAUGCAGAAAUGAAAAGAAUGGAAGAAAUAUCGUUAAAAGAAAAGAGCCACCUAAGUCUUGUUGAAAAGCACCUGAAAAAUGAAGACAAUGCUUUUGAAAAACUCCUACAGGCAACUUUGGAAACCUUUGUGGAAUCAGUUAAUAUAGCAAAGCAUGAAACAGAACUUAAAUUUGAGAAAACAGCAGAAAUUAGACGGGUCAUGGCUGAAAUAGCGACAACUGGAGAGACCAUCAUGAAAAACAAAGAAACACUAAAUACAUAUCUGCAGUAUAAAUUGUUUUUGAUGAAUGCCUCUCCACCAGUGUGGAAAGAGGAACAGGAAAGAAAAGAAAUGCUAAGAAAGGAAGCAAAACAGCAAUACACUGGGAAACAGAAUGGAGAAAAUGUGUCCCUAGCAGAAUCAGCCCCGACAGCUUUACAAGCUGAAAAGUCUAUCCCAAAUAAAACAGCGAACAUCAUGUUACCUGAAUUGAUGUCUCCUGAAGAAAACAUGAGCUGCACAAGGGAGAUCACAGAUCAUUUUAUAGAAGAAUCUGAUUUUCUAGACUAUGAUGAGGAACCUGAAUUAUACUUUACAGAUCCAAAGCAGCUAUUGAAUAUUUUAAUAGAAAUUGAAGAUGAUAUUAUUUCAUAUAUUCACAAUAAUCAGGAAGAUAAAGCUUGGAAGCUCAAGAUUCUUCAGCUCAGACAUAAAAGUUUCAAUGAUGAAAUUUAUGCACUAAAGAAGAAGAGGGAUAAACUGAAAGCAACCAUUACAAGUGAAACAGAAAAAGCUACAGACUUGGAGCUGAAACUGGAGUUUUUUUCCAAUAGUGAAUACAAUGCAGAAAAACAAGAAAAAAUGCUUAACAUCUUGCAUUUAAAAGUAAAAGAGGUGCGCCAGGCUUGCAUUGGUGGAAUUGACGCAGACAGCAGUACACAGCAGCUGUUAGCAAGCCUAGAAGACAGACUAAAUGAGUUGCUAGACACUGUGGAAACACUGCCCUAUAAUAAAGUGAAAUAUGCUCGAAAAAUUCAUCGAAAGGAAAUUAAUCUAAGAAUACAAGAGGAAAAUAUCAGAUUAGCAAAAGAACUAAAUGAGAAACUGCAGAUGGAAAAAGCAGCAGCACAAAAUGAAAAGCGAAUGGUCGGAAGAAGACUAGUGUACCGGUCGCAGCCACCAACAACAGAAAAUAUAAAUAUGAACAAGCAGCCAAUGAGCAGCAAGGAACAAGAAGAACUAUCAUAUUUCUUCGCCUGAGGCUUUAAAGCUAUUUCUCAGAUGUACAAAGUUGUCUUAACAGACAAAAAAAGUUUAAUUGAAUUUUUGAAUUUUUCCUGAUGUUACUGUAUGCACCCACCAUGUACAAAUCAUUUACAUUUUAGUUAAUUUUUGCUUUUUCAAGGACAAAUAAGAUUUCAGCGUGGCAAAAAAUAAAAUAAAAAUGAUUACUGUAAGAAAGCACGGCACAGUAGAGUAAUAGUGACGCUGUCUUUUUGAUGUGCUAGGGUCACAUACCUGUGGAGCUUCCACAUUCAUCCUGUGUCUCUGUGGUUUUUUUUUUCUCUUCCCACAUUGGUUUUCUCCACUGUUUUGGCUUAAUAGGUGUUUCUAUAUUUGUCCUCUUUGUGUGUGUGGGCCAUGCAAAAGACUGGCACAAUCUCUAAUGCCUGCUGCCUGCUUGAUGCUGCUGGAAUAUGCAUGAAUUAGAUCAUUCAGGUUUGAGAACAUUGUAGUUUCUGUGAGUACAUGUGCAGCAAGCAGAAAUAGUAAUUAUGAACUCUGAGCAACUCAGUCUGAUCCUAAGAUGUAAAUAUCUGAGAUGUUUCCAUGCUUAAGUGUAAUAAUGCUAUUUU